AGACACAGAGCUAAAAAGCGCUACUACUUUACUGCUACGACCUGCCUCCACGCCUUACCACCGCUUUCAGUCCUGCUCCAGGAGGCUGAUUUCCGCACUCCCUUCUGUCUCCGCCCAUCCCCCCCUCCCCAUCUCGGCGGCAUCCUGGUGGUCCCUAGGCGUGUGUUCUGGUAUCAUUCGCCUCUUGUUAGUUUCAGACUUUUCGAUCCUAGUUUCUUGUUGUUCGAGUGAACCUCGCUCUGCUACCCUCAAUGCUCGGAGGGAGCUCGGAGCGGGAUUCUCUACCAUCGAAUUCUGACACCCGCACGGGAGAAGCGUCCAUGCCUGUCGCAACGAGUCAACCCGGCUCUAUUCCUGAAUCGUCGCCUCAGGUUCACGUCACCGGUACCGAUGCGUCGCCUACGUCCAAUUCGUUAGAGUCCCCCGAGACGGCUCCGACGCCCGUAGAAUCGACUCCGAUUCCCGAAGGUGCCUCUGCCGCCAGUUCUGCAGAUGUAUCCAAGAAACAGCACCUGCUUCCCGUGCCAUCCCGGACAUCCUUGAAAGCGGAAAGACAAUCCACAUUAGACAACUCCCAGGAUACUGCCAAUGACGACUCAGAAAACACACUUCGAGGCUCGAGGAGAAGUAUUCUAAAGGGGCGAAGGGACAGGAGCAAAGGGAGCAGCAUGAGGUCACGACGGAGGAAUGAGGAGAGCACGGUCAUGGAAGAGAAUAAAACAGAUCCUGACUUGCGAGAGCCUGCCAAGGUGGAGAAGAAGAGCAGGGUUUCAUCCCGGCUGUUUGCAUUCCUGAGCUGUUGCUCAUCUUCCAAUGUUGAUCCCGACGAUACGGCCAUCCCCGCGAAGAGGACAACUCGCCGACCAUCAGUCCCAAGCACUCAGCCUACUCCAGAAAAGGCUGAAACCCACCAGGGUGAUUCGAGCACUGCGGAGUCCAAGGAGCCGAGCUACUAUCGAGAUGAGAAAGCAAAUACGACUGUGACAUCCGACCAGCCGCCAUCGCAGGUGGACGAAGAGCAGACCGUCAGUGGCCCCGAUCAAAGCUCGCAGCUCGAUGGCACGGUGUCGUCUCCGGCCCAGCCUGAAUCGGCUCACGACCCUCCUUCGCAGAAGGAGAAGUCUGAAGCACGGGAGACAGUGGCAGCGCAACAUGAACCCAGUGCUGUUCCGCCGCGUACUGUAACGGAGAAAGUCGAGGAGCCUGCCCAGAAGCCUGAGGAACGUGUAACGUUCUCAGUGCCACCGCAGAGAGUCGACGAUUCUUCUGCCCAAACGGACGAGUCCCCCGUAAAACCAUCUGUACCUGAUAGCGUUGGCCCGAAGGACGAGAAGUACUCCACGCACGAAGAAGAGGCAACUGAUCUACCAGCCGAGCUACCGCCGCCGCCGCCGCCGCCACUCUUUCCUUCCGAGCAACAGCCAGAAAACGAUAGUCACGACAGGGAGCAACAAUGGCUGCUCCCCCCACCUCAGCCUCACUUACGCGACCGGAAAUGCCUGGUCCUUGACUUGGAUGAAACCUUGGUCCAUAGUAGUUUUAAGGUUCUUGAGCGAGCUGAUUUCACCAUUCCCGUGGAGAUCGAGGGUCAAUACCAUAAUAUCUAUGUGAUCAAGCGGCCUGGGGUCGACCAGUUCAUGAAACGGGUCGGGGAGCUGUACGAAGUUGUCGUGUUUACCGCAUCUGUCUCGAAGUACGGCGAUCCAUUGUUGGAUCAACUGGACAUCCACAAUGUUGUCCACCAUCGGCUUUUCAGGGACAGUUGCUACAACCACCAAGGCAACUAUGUGAAGGAUCUUUCUCAAGUUGGUCGCGACCUCCGAGACACGAUAAUUAUCGAUAAUUCUCCCACGUCCUAUAUAUUCCACCCUCAACACGCGAUACCCAUCAGCAGCUGGUUCUCUGACGCCCAUGAUAAUGAGCUUCUUGAUCUGAUCCCCGUUCUAGAAGAUCUCGCUGGUACACAAGUGCAAGACGUGAGUCUGGUCCUUGACAUUGCAUUGUAAUGUCUGUACACUAGCCCGGCAUUUCAUUUCAGCGUGCUUGGUUUGGUUAUUCUUCGCCUUGCGGGCACCAUCAGAUCAUAGAAAAGAUAAAUUUCGGUCGAUUUCCUUUGUUCAAUACCCGCCGAUACGUCGAGCCCU